GGCACCGCGUUUCGCUGUGAAUGGCCAAUGGCCGUGGACGCUUUCAUUCAGCUGUUUGAAUCUUUUGGAAUAACCGAAGUAAUUGUUUUAUGGAAUUAGCCAUGAAAACUGAGUCCAACGAGAAGUGGGUUGUGUGCCGCGUUUGCCUGAACAACCCCAGCGAGGGCGAGGAGCUGCUCCAUGAGAUAUUCAGCGAAACGGCUAGCACGCGCCUGGACCAAAUGCUGCACAUUUGCGCAGGCAUUCCAGUCAGCCUAGAUGACAACUUCCCGGACAAGAUGUGCAGCAAGUGCGUGCGCUGCCUGCGGCUCUGCUACAAGUUCCGACUGACCUGCCAGCGAUCCCAUCAACACAUUAUGGACAUGUUGGUGCGGGAGGCUAGCAACGCCAAUGCCGCCGGCGAAGGAGAGUUGCUGAACAGCUCGGAGGACCUUUCGGUGGAGAGCGUGCUCAAGACUUGGGAGGAGGACGCCAGCCAGCUGGAUGGCGGCAUGAAAGUGGAGAGCGAGGAGGAUUUCCACCAGCCGGAGCAUCACCAACAGCAGGUUAUCACCUACGUCGUGGAGGAUGCCGACGCCGACGAUACCAAUAUGUUCGGUGAGGACGAUCCCACGCAGCCGGUGCAGACUGAGAUCGAUAAGGCUGAACCUUAUGCUGAAUAUGAGGAAUAUGAACUACUCAGCAACGAUAACUCGCCGGAAAUCACACAGGAAAAGAGCUCUUCCGUCACAGCUGUUGCCACUGUAGAACUGCCCGAAGAAGAAAUUACUGAGGACACACUCAGUUCAGACGAAGAGUAUGUCCCAGCUCAUACUAGGCCGGAAACACGCGAUCGAACUGGCAGUCAGCAUGUUGCAUACCAAAAAACUACCCAAGAAGUGGAGCCUGUAAAAAAGAAGCUCGGCAGGAAGCCGCGAAAUAAGCUGAGCACAUACAUCUGCGAUGUGUGCGGAAAUAUCUAUCCGACUCAGGCGCGCCUCACCGAGCACAUGAAAUUCCAUUCCGGCAUAAAACCACACGAGUGCGAGAUCUGCGGAAGAGGCUUUGUACAGAAUCAACAGCUGGUGCGGCACAUGAACACGCACACGGGGAAUCGACCUUACAAGUGCAACUACUGUCCAGCUGCUUUCGCCGAUCGAUCCACCAAAACCAAACAUCACAGAAUUCACACCAAGGAGCGUCCCUACGAGUGCGACGUUUGCUCUAGAACGUUUACCUACUCGGACAACCUGAAGUUCCACAAGAUGAUUCACACGGGGGAGAAGCCGCACGUUUGUGAUCUUUGCGGCAAGGGAUUUGUGAAGGCCUACAAAAUGCGAUUGCAUCGGGGGACGCAUGAUAGACGUGUCGGCCCCUGGAAAGCUGACGUAGAAAUGAGCACCAAAGGAGAAGAUGUCAAGGGGGAAACGCCAGAAUUCCCAAGUUAGUUUCGCAAAGAGGGACUCGUUCUUUUUAUCUUAUAUGAAAAGUUUAGUCUAAGCAUUAAAAAGCCAUUGUUAAGUUCUUCCAUUAAGCAAAUAAAUGUACCC